AACAAACCAAGAUUUUAAUCAUUAGAAAUCUCCACGCGGCGCAAUGACCCGCCUUAACUCUUCCUUUCUUGGUUCCAGUAAGAACCGUCCACCUCAGAUCUCUGAAUCUUGGUAAAAUCACGGUCGCAGAAACAAGAAACAAGAAAAGAGAUCCAAGAAAGAGGGGCUUAAAGUACAUGGCAUCUCAUUUUCUAGAGAUCACCUUAAUCUCUGCGCAAGGUUUGAAGUUGCCCUCUACUAACAAGCGAAUGCAGACAUAUGCCCUAGCCUGGGUUAACCCGUCCACCAAGCUCCGCACCCAAGUCGACCGAGUUGGAGGUGAAAACCCAACCUGGAAUGACAAGUUCCUCUUUAAAGUGACGCCGGAGUUUCUGUCCUCCGAAACUUCGGCAGUCUCACUCGAGAUCUACUCCACCGGUUAUCUUCGCGAUCACGUCGUCGGAUGUGUCCGUGUUCUCAUCAGCAACAUCCCCCUCUUCGACAGCACCAAAGCUCCAUCCUUUACGGCUCUUCAGAUUCGCCGUCCAUCUGGAAGAGUUCAGGGAGUACUUAAUAUUGGUGCAAUGCUUAUGGAAGGCUCCGCUUUCGCGGGAUUAAACGAGUGUGAUGCGAUCGGAUAUCGUGACUUGAUGGGUGAGAGUGAGAAAGGCAAGAGACAAUGGGUGAGGAAAUCGAAAUCGAUGGCUGAUGACCUUAAUGCCGUUUGUAGUAGAAUUGAGUCUUUGGAGAAUUCUUCUUGUGCUGGAUCUCCUAGUUCGGACGAUGGUGAUUCGACGACUUCUUCAUCGUCCACAUCAUCAACGGCGUUGAAGGAGUGGAAUAGAAGUGGCAUCCCAGGUUUGGCGCCAAAGCAUCGUCGAAUGAGGUCAAUAUCGGCAGGUAUGUUGUGCGGGAUGUUGAUCAAUAGGAAGAAUUGUUCCGGUCCGUCUGAUCAGAACUUGGAUGGUUAAGUGCGGGUCCCAAUCCCAUGAAGGAUGGAUUUAAGGUAGAUUUCAUCUGUUGUAUUUGAUUCGUACAUUUUGGGUUUUAUGACUAGAUUAAUCCCGAUUAACGGUGACGAUAUCAUAUCCCUCUCUCGUAUAUCAUAUCCCUCUCUCGUCUCUCUGUUUUUUGUGGUAUUGUGACUUGUGCUUUAAGUCAUUACAAAAUAUUUGGUCAUUGAAACCCACCGAGCUGAAACCAAGAAGGAAUUAGAGAAGAAAUUUGGUUUUGUACCUUUUGGUUCCAGAAGGAUUAUACAGUUCUGAGUCGAAUAAAUAAUUAGAUUUCAUGUAUAUUAGAAUCAGAAUAUGGAUGU